UGCCAAUCCAGCACACGCACAAGAAGCCACUGUGGAGUUUUUCCUUCGCAAGUUGCAAGGUAAAAAGUCACAGAAGUGAAAGGAAAUGGGCAUAUAAAGCAUGCCCCCGUAUAGAACAGAUAAAAAGAGCCCCUCCGCCCAGAUCGGCCCCUGGUCCCCGUUUGUGAACAUAUCGGAGUGACUCAAGUGAGAGGUAGUCAUCUCCCCCAGUUGUGCGAAGCUCCUCGUUUGAAAAGUUUCCCCUCCAAGCAAGAAGCUCGAACCAAUGGCAGGCCUCAGCGCAGGCUACGACCUUUCCGUUUCGACCUUCUCCCCCGAUGGGAGGCUGUACCAAGUGGAGUACAUAUACAAGGCCAUAAACAACAACAACACGGCCCUGAGUCUGGAGUGCCGGGAUGGGCUCCUCACCUGUUGUGUAAAUUCAAAUUUACUAAAAAACAAAAUGAUAAAACAGAAUAGUUACAAUAGAAUCUACCACAUAAACAACAACGUCAUUGUAACUUAUGCAGGAUUGGAUGGAGACGCCAGAAAUAUCAUUGACCGGGCCAAGUAUGAAGCGAAUAGUUACUACCUGAAUUUUCACACGAAUAUACCUCUGCACAUUUUAGCUAACCGGGUGUCUCUUUAUAUUCACUCGUUUACGUUGUACUGGCACUUGAGGCCCUUUGCGUCAUCCAUCAUCCUGGCGUCCUUCGACGAGAAGGAGAAAGGAGAAAUUUACUGCGUGGAACCAAACGGAGCCUGUUACAAAUACAGCGGAGUAGUCAUAGGGAAAAACAAGGAAAUGUUUAAGACGGAAAUAGAAAAGAGGAACUACAAAGAAGUAGACGUGAAGGAAGCCCUCGUAGAUAUCUACAAAAUUAUCCUAACAAGUGACGACCAUAUGAAUAAAAACAACUUACCUCACCUGGUCAACUUUUCUUGGAUCUGCAAAGAUUCUUCCUAUGAAUAUCAGACUGUUGAUUCUGAGACGUUGAAUGAAGCCAUGCGCGUGGCCGUGGAGUCGAUGGAGCAAUCGAAUCAGUAG